AUGGCGUCCUUAACAAAUGGCAGUACCGUCCUGAGGGCCUGCUGUCAGAUCUCCAAGGCCCUGCGGCAGCCUCUCCAUCCCCGAGCUCUCGUAACCAAAACCCCAACCGGCAGCGCCAGAUACAUGGCAAGUGUCUCUGGACAGCUGGAUGCAUCACCCCCUCCAGAGAUUUCUGCGGAAGUCGUUGUUCCACACAAACAGCUCCACGCUCGCGCGGUCCCCGUAUCUCCGUCAUACUUCUCACGACAAGCGCGUUUCAACGACAGUUAUCUCAUGCUACAGAAACUUCUCCGAAGCUAUGAGAAUCUCCCACUCACGCCCCAGGGGAAGAUCGAGCGCAUCGCUUGGAAGACGCUGCAGGACUACCGGCAGACAAUAGGGGAGCAAGUGAAGACGUCCGAUUACGUCAAGUGCAUGGAGGUCAUCAAGCGGCUGCACCAGAUCCACCCCAAACUAAAGCCAAAAGCUGUGACCGACGCCCUAGAAACUUUCAAGCGAGACAUCCAGCCAUUCUCCAACGUGGCCAAGCCAAUCGCUAUCGACCAGUUUGGAAGGGCUGUGGGUGUUGGCCGGAGGAAGACAUCGGUAGCACGAGCAUGGGUGGUUGAAGGGACGGGCGCAGUUCAGGUCAACGGCAAGUCUCUGGCCGACGCGUUUGGUCGAGUGCACGACCGGGAAAGCGCGGUAUGGGCACUACGGGCAACUGGACGGAUUGACAAAUACAAUGUGUGGGCGCUGGUUGAGGGGGGAGGGACUACCGGCCAAGCCGAAGCACUCACCCUCGCUGUUGCUAAAGCAUUGAUGGCUCACGAACCGGCUCUGAAGCCGGCAUUAAGGAGAGCUGGAUGUGUCACUCGCGACCCCAGGACGGUGGAGAGGAAGAAGCAUGGACGCGUGAAGGCUAGGAAGAUGCCCGCCUGGGUAAAGAGAUAG